AUGGGGUGCGCCCCAUGUUCAGGCGAGCAGCCUGCGCCUGGUGAGCUGCGUGUCGUUCAAAGCGGCAUGGCCAGCGAUCUGUCUGCUGCGCAGUUCAAGGAUAUCGAUGUGGCUGUAGCGGUGACUCAGGCGAGUAUCAACGCCACUAUGAAGGAGUACCUUUCCAAAGCAUCGAGCCUUGAGAUUCUGCAGUGCUUCGUCUACAAGAAGGGCACGACUGACAUCGUCGAGAUCCCAUAUGCUGAGCUGAAGGCGAACGCCAAGGGCUCUGAUCCUUUCAGUUUGAAGGAUGGUGCAGAUCAGACUGACCCGGACGUCUCGAAUUUGGCCACGGUGGGAUUUGUGGGAGCGUUCAAGGCUAAGGGUGGCUUGCCAAGUGUACCACCUGCCAAUCUUCCGUCCAUUGUGGGUUUGGGUUUGCACAGCGACUCCCGGUUGGAUUUCAACCUCACCACGUCCGAGUUCCAAAUCGUAGGCCUCAUCCUCGCUGGUCUCGGCAGUGCGACUGCGAUCAACAAGACCCAGCCCACAGGGGCAGGUGCCAAGCCAUGGUACUACAACUUCAAGGUGGAUCUCACACAGGUUGCGCAGGACCCCACGAACAAAGUGCCUCCGGCAGUGCGCAAUCGCAUAGAGCAGCUGAUUUCGGAGGUGGGCUCAGGAGCCUUCAGCGUGCAGAAGCUGCUGCUGGAUUUCGAGACCGCUUCGCUGGUGGCCAAUCCGGUGAUCAAGGGCGUGACCGAUUCCUCCUCCUACGGCCCCACUUGGAGAACCAUCUCCAAGGUCUUCACGGGCGCCUACUUUGACGAGCUGCGCAAGACGGGAAGCCCCGUCUUCAGCUACUCAUUCACGGCAAAAGAGGCCUUGCCACAGUCGACCUUGACCCUGAAGUCAUUGGUUCACUCCACCGCCCCCUACCUCAAUGAGGGGAAGCCCACUGAAAGCACGGCUUCGUGCUUGGUGUACAACAUCACCGCACAGCCGACUCCACCGAACAUUGUUCCCUUUACUUGGAACUGGGUCAACCAGGACGAGGUGAGCGAAGUGUCAGGAGUCUUGGCGGUGCGGCGCGGUGUCUUCGCUUCCUACCUCACGGGACCGCUGGCUUUCUCCAGCGGACUUUGCUGGGAUACGGGCUGUAGCCUUAGCCACGACUUUGAGGACUUCACCAUCAGAACCAGCUGGGGUUCCUCUCAGCACCCCAACUCCUUCGUGGCAGUUGAUGCGAAGCCCGGGCCGAACGGGCUGAUUACUCACACACUGUCCUACUCUCAUACUGCCAGCGACGACUCUGAAGACGCGCUUCACACAUGUACCAUCUUCAUGGACUUCAACUAUAGCGUCACUGGAACCGUUGAGCUUGGUGGCACACAGAUCAUCAUCUCGGUGACCCCCGUGGUGGAGAUGGGUUUUCAUCAUCACGAGCUGGGUGUUCAGUACACCGAUCUUCCCCUGAGGUCCUACUACAAGAAGACCCUCACCAUUACGUAUAGUCUCAGCACCACGGAUGGCAAGCUCACCGCAACUCAGUCCACCAAGACGGUGGACAACUCUGCAGAUUGGGCCUGGGAUUCGCAAGGCAUCGAGGGGCUCAGCGGCGCAGAGGAUCAGCUCAAGGGGCAGUUGCACUCCACAAUCUCAAGUCUCAACGAUUCGUUGGACCGCUCCUGUCAGGAUUUCGCACAGUCGUUGACAAACAACCUCAACGACGCCGAGCAGUGGAUCUUCCCCGGCACGGACAGCUUCGUGGCCUCGGACGUCUUCUUUUCAAGCGACUGUGACUUGGUGACUCACCUGAGGUAUGCGAGCCCCCAGAUGAUGAGCCUCAUGCAAGGUGGUGGCGCCGAAACGGCAAGUUGA